AUGUCGAGCCUCGUUGCGCUCGUCGAUGAGCUUCUCGGUAGCUCUCGACAACGUUGGCAGGUCCUAGACGGCCGGCCAUUCGCAUCUGCCGCGCUUCUCGCUGGCUCAGCAGCAGCCCUUUUCAUCGUGUAUAACAUCGCUCACCAAUUGCUGGUACCACGGAAGCGAUCUUUGCCCCCACUGGUGUUCCAUUGGGUUCCCUUCAUCGGCUCAGCAGUCAGCUACGGCAUCGACCCGUACGCUUUUCUGCUCGCCUGCAGAGAGAAGUAUGGACCCGUCUUCACCUUCGUGUUGCUUGGACGCAAAGUGACAGUAGCACUCGGCCCAUCUGGCUCAAAUUUCGUGCUCAACGGCCGCCUGCACCACGUCUCUGCCGAAGAAGCGUAUACCCAUUUGACUACGCCUGUGUUUGGCAAGGGCGUAGUGUACGAUUGCCCGAACCACAUGCUCAUGGAGCAGAAGAAAUUCAUCAAAGUCGGUCUUUCGACAGAGAACUUCAAGCUCUACGUCGGCAUGGUCGUGGAUGAGGUCAUCGCCUAUCUCGACCAGCAUGUACCCAAGACAAAUACCGCCAUGCGCGACGCCUUCACCACGUCAUCAGAAAUCACUAUCUGUACUGCAUCCCGCACUCUUCAAGGCAAAGAAGUUAGGAGAGGCAUGGACGCCUCAUUUGCUGAGCUCUACCACGAUCUUGACGGCGGCUUCACUCCCAUCGCGUUUGCAUUCCCAAGCCUGCCAUUGCCCAAUUUUAGGAGAAGAGAUCGUGCACAAGUCAAGAUGCGAAACUUCUAUCUGGACAUAAUGAAGAAGCGCCGAGAAUCGGGUGACGAAUCUGCUAGCGACAUGCUACAAGCCUUACAAGGCUGCUCCUAUAAGGACGGCAGAACGCUCUCCGAUCAGGACAUCGCACACAUGAUGAUCGCACUCCUCAUGGCCGGACAGCACACUUCCGCAGCGACCGGCGCAUGGCUCUUGCUCCACCUCGGCGAACGUCCUGAUCUGCAGGAUGCUCUGCUGGCCGAGCAGAAGAAGGCUUUCGGCAACAAGUCUGGUAGCCUCGAUCCUCUGGAUUAUGAGCGCCUGCAGACGCCACUUCUGCACGCUUGCGUGAAGGAAGUCCUCAGACUGCACCCGCCGCUCCAUAGUCUGAUGCGCAAGGUGAUCGCCGACAUGCCCGUGCCGACAAGCCUGUCCGCCCAUUCGGAGGAGCAGCCGUACAUCGUGCCCAAGGGCUACUACGUUCUCGCUGCACCCGGUGUAACUCAAGUCGAUCCAGUGCUCUGGCCAGAUCCAACGAGUUUUGACCCCUACCGCUGGCUCGAAGGCACAAAGUCGUCCGACGCUACAAAGUCUGAAAAGGACAGUGAGCAAAACGAAACAAUUGACUAUGGCUUUGGUGCAAUCGCAACAGGCGCAACGAGUCCUUACAUCCCUUUCGGAGCCGGCAGACAUCGAUGCAUCGGCGAACAGUAUGCUCAUCUUCAGCUCGGUGCCAUCUUUGCCACCCUCGUAAGGCAAACGACAUGGAAGCUCAACGGCUCUUUGCCCAAGCAAGACUAUACUACCAUGAUCGUUAUGCCGCAAAAGCCUCGCGACGUCAUCUUCACCCGCCGUUAG